AUGUCCGACUACGGCGCACACGACGACCGCCGUCGCUACCGUGAAACCCGCACCCGACCCCGCGAACGCGGCGAUCCCGAGUUCGUCCAGGAAACAACCUACAUCGAGCGCGGAAAGGGCCCUCCUCCUCGCGAUCUGGUCUACCGCCCUCGCGAUGAAAGCGUAGAAGACAUUGCAAGAGACUUUCCGCCACCAUCCAGCGAUCGUUACGCUCCUGCCCGCGGAGGAAGAAGAGAAUAUGACGAUUACCCUCCACCCCGCCGUGCCCGCAGUCAAGUUGGCCGCAGAGACUACGAUGACUACGACGACUACGAUGUUCCCGUCGCUGCCGCAGCCGCUGCUGGUGCUGGAUACGCUGCCGGACGCGCAAAGGACCGCCGUCAUCACCGCGAUCGCCAUGACCGCGACUACGACUCCGAAGAGUACUCCCCUCCCCGUCGUCGUCAUACAGAACGCCGCAAGUCUGGUGUCGGUGAGAUCUUGCAAGGCCUUGGACUAGGAGGUGUCGCCGCCGCUAUUACCGGGCGCUCCCGCAGUCGCAGCAGAUCCAGAGAUCGUGACUCUCGCCGCGACAGAGACAGAGAUGGCAGAACCAGAUCACGCCAUGGUGGCCGCUACGAUUCCGACGAAGACAGCCGCAGCCGCAGCAGAUCCAAGGGACGCACCGAACGCAAAUGGGCUCAGGCUGCUCAAGCCGCCCUUGUUGCCGGCGCUGUCGAGGCCUUCCGCUCCCGCAAGGACCCUGGACCAUGGACUGGAGAGAAGGGCCGUCGCAUUGCCACUGCCGCUAUCGGUGCCGGUGGUAUCGAUGGUCUCGUCGACCGCAACCCUGACAAGAAGACCAAGCGCCAUCUGGCCGAAGCUGUGAUUGGUGGACUGGCUGCCAACCGUCUUGCCAAUGGCCCUCGCAGUAGAAGUAGAGGUCCUGCUGGCGCUAGGGAUGACCCGUACGGACGCUCUCGCAGUCGCUCUCGUUCCAUCUUCGGAGGUAGCCGUGGAAGAAGUCAGUCCCGUGGCCGUGAUGGUCAAGGCGGCGGUGGCGGACUCAAGGAGCUUGCAGCAGGAGGAGCUCUAGCAGCAGCUGGCAAGGCCAUCUACGAUCGUGUUCGUUCAAAGUCACGUCGUAGGCGCUCUCCUUCGUCCAGCUCUGCAGACUCGUAUGUCCCUUCCCGUAAUCGACGUCGCAACAAGGAGCUCCGCUCACCUGCUCAAUCAGAUACAGGAAGCCGCGCCGUCGCCCAGCGCGGUCGUGAUCGAAACAUUGCCCCUGCUGCUGGUGCCGGUGCAGGUGCAGGUGCCCUCGCUGCUUCAAAGAACAAGAACGGUGAACGCAGCCAGAGUUCAUCAAGCAGCAGCACAGAUGUUGACGUCCGUCGUAAGCGUAUGCGAGGCAAGGAGCUACUCACCGCCGGCCUUGCCACUGUCGCCACCAUUCACGCUGCUCAUGGUGUUUACUCCAGUAUGGAAGCUCACGAGAGGCGCCACAAACUCGUCCAAGAAGGUGAAAUGUCCCCCAACGAAGCUCGCAAGAAGCAGACAAAGGCUUGGGUCCAGGACGCAGCUGCUGUUGGUAUUGCUGCCUUGGGUAUCAAGGGUGCUUUCAGCGAGUGGAAGGAAAUGAACGAGCACAGACGCGAGAUCCACGAAUUGGAAAAGAGAAAGAAUCUCAAACAGAAACGCCACGAGAAACACGAAAGAGAUGCACGUCGUGCACAAGAAGACCGCUUCUAUCAAAUGCUUCCAUUACUCAACCAACAACAGCAGCAGGGUGGAGCUCCUCAAAUGAUGCAACCCGGAAAUCAGAUGAUGUACCCUGGCAACAUUCCUCCUCCACCACCGGGACCUCCCCCUCAGGCGAGGUAUUAG